UCUGCAUUUCGAUACGUAGAAUUCGCGCGGGACAGGAAGGCGGGUCAGACGGGUGUGGCGCUCGGCCACGGCGGCGGUGGACGACGAUUCUCGGAAGUUUAUCGCGGAUUCGUCCCGCAGCGGCCCGGCACCCGGCACCCGGCGACCGUGAGAACCUGACGCGACUCGGUGGACGACCGCGGCCCGGCGAGGAUGGAGAGCGAGGUGUAUUCGUCGGCCGAGCGUAAGAUGAGGAUCUACCUGGCGUACGGCGUUGUCCUCGCCGUCGUCUACGCCUUCGCCGUGUACAGGGCGACGAAGGACCGGGCGAUGGCGUCGGUGGUCGCGACCAUCCUCGUCGCGUCCGUCUUCCUCGUCGUCUUCCUGAUCUGCGACCUGGCGCUGCGCCUCUGCCAGACGAUCGUCACGUACGCCACCGAGCCCGGCGAGAGCUUCUGGUCGGUGGCGCGGUAUCACUUCGCCCUCAACACCGCGUCGGCGACGAUCGUCGCCGUCGGCGCGCUCCUCUUCCUCGGACUCACCGCCACCCUGCGCAGGUGCCCGCUCAGCUACGCCUGGGACUUCGGCCCCUACGUCUGCGUGCCGCUCCUGAUAUUCUCCUACUGCCUGCUGAGGACGUGCAACCUGGCCGAGUGGGAGGUGGGCUCGCUGGCUGACCUCGGUGACUUGAAGGGCCUGGACUGCGGCACAGGUAUGGCGUACAGCUUUUACUACGGCUACCUGCGGCUGAUGCUGCCGACCUCCGACGACACCUCCAAGAAGGGUAUCGUCGAGAAGAUCGAGAACUUCGAGGACACCCAUAACAUAAGGUUCCCGGUGCACAAGCUGUUUAUCCUGAUCCCGUCGUCCGGAUACAUCCCGCCGGACUUGAAGGAGGCGUCCUUUCAGUGGAUGGAGAACGUGCGCGAGCUGGAGGAGGAGAAGCGCAACCGGGCCGGCAACAUCGGCAGAACGUACCGCAACCACGUCUACAAGAUAUACCCCGGUGGGAGGAACUCGAGCGAGGACCCGGUCUACGUGGUGGCGGAGGGCGCGUCGCCUUUGCUCACGUACUACGAGGUACAGAAGCACAAUCAUUUAGAGUCCGAGGUGUACAAGCGGUACAAGCACAAGGUCAUCGAGAUGUUCUACAGGAAGCUGCACGACACUUUGCAGAGCCAGCCGGAAACCAGAGAUUUGUGCGAGUUGAUUUACUACGAUGAUUACGACGCGAAAGGAAACAAGGUCAACGUUGCGACAAUCAUCUUGGAGAGGAUAUCCGAGAUAGAGAACUCCGCAUGAGUGUCGGGAGAAGUUGAGCGACACGUACGUGUCCUGUGAUAAAGUUUAUAAUUAAACGUGUACUUGAUGUUUUAAUACUAUUUUAAUAAUGUCUACUGCUUGUAAAGAUUGUUAUAUAUGAAUUUAUGUAAUAUUUUUAUUACGCAAAAUAAUGUAAGCGCUUCGUUGAAAUAUCUAGUAUCUCUAUUGCCAAAGAAUCUUAGUAUUUACUGUCUUAAUAUAUAACAGUCUUUAGCACAACUGAUUGAAUUCGCUGCAAGAGCGUACAUGACGUAUUGCCAGGGUUGGGAAAGCUACCGUUAUAAAAAUAUCCGGUUACGGUUACAGUUUCUUCGCUAAAAAUGUA